AUGGACUUGCAUGUUGGCGAUAGCCAGGGAAGGCAGCUCGACCAGUUUCAGGACCUGCAGGGAUCGAAGUGUGGUCUUGGUGGCUACUUGAAAGCGCGCGCAAAUGAUCCAUCUGAUUCGGAGGAUGAAACAAGUUACAAUCCGUGUAUGAACGGUUUCGCAGUUAAUUCAAUUAGUGUGGCAAGUUAA